AUGGAGGUGAAAGUGGUAAAGUUGUUUGGUGGAGUGGUAGUUCUGGCCCUACUUGUCAUCUGUGGGUCUCUCAUUCCGUCUCCUUGGCCAGAGGUCAGAGAUCAUCCAGUCAGAGGUGGUUCUGCAGCUCCACCGAAGACCUCUGCAGCCUACCAGUCUACAGACUCCCCUCAUGCCAACAGUUCCAGCUCCUCCAAAACACUGAUCACAGUUGCCACUUUAGUACCAAAAACCAAAGUCACUGUGUCUUCCUCAGAGUCAACUACACCUCAGACACCUCUCAAAACGACUACAGUUCCUCCAGGCACAGGCACUGGUUCCAGUGGAGGCUAUGUUCUAGCUGAGAACUACUACGAGCAGCAGACAAUGGGUCUGAGGAACAUGAUGCAGCUCCAGUGCUGGGCUCAGAGUCUCAGAAUGAGAGUGGUCAAACCUGUCAUGCACGACUCCUUCCUGCGAACACCUCUAGACACUGCCCAGCAGACUAGCUACUUAAAGUUUGAAGACUCAUUUGACGAAGUGGAGUGGAGCCAACAAGCAGAUAAACUGGGGUACGCUCCCCUGGUGUCCUGGGCAGAGUUCCUAGCCAGAGCUCCUCGCGAUGUGGUCCUGGUACAAUUUGAACAUCCGUCAGUGAGCAUGUUGAAGAGCAGGCAGAGAUCUGGCCAGGGUAUACUCCACACUCCUGAUUAUGACAGGUAUACCACUGGCUGCUCUGGUAAAUGGCCGACUGCUCGAGAUAUGUACUUUCUUAAGUCAAACGGAUUUCGCAUCGUACGUACAGUUUGUUUUAACUUCUACUAUGGAGACCAGCUUAGUCUGGGAGAGUUCAAUAGACACAUUCUCGGAGACCUGUCCCCCAUCUCUCUCACUGUCAUCAUGGAGAUGUGGAGAGGCAUCAGUUCAGCCCAGCGUGUCCUGCUGAAGGACGUUUGUCAAAACACAGCUCUGGUCCAGGAGCACAUACCUCUCAGUCCACGUCUGGUCCAGCAGGCAGGGCAGUACAUCCACAAGUACCUCGGAGGAAGUCAGAGGUACCUGGCCGUCAUGGGGAGACUGGAGAUCUCUCAACUAACUGUGCAUAAGAAGGUUCCAGUUGUGCCGUUCUGCCUGGAGGAGACCCUAGUCCAGUGGAGGCAGUUUAGAACCAGUUUAAAACUGGACCAAACUUUUCUGUCAAUCGACAUUGGUCGCUUCGGAAGCAAGAAAUAUCGCUCACGGCUACAGCCAGAGAUUGAGAUGUCUUUCCGCAAGUUCUUCCAGACACUGUUUGGAGUGUCAGCCACUGUGAAGGAGUGGGAGAAGGGGUUCGAGCUGGUCGCUGGCACGAGAGAUGCUGGCUAUAUCGGACUCCUCCAGAAGGCUCUGGUCACACGCGCUCAGUGUGUCCUAUUUGUAGGGGGUGGAGCCUUCCAGAGACAUGCUCUCUACCUGUACAAGCAGCUGCACCCUGAACCCAAAGACCAGUGCUACCGCAUUGUCAAACAGUGCACUCGCAAGAUGAUGGCUGUUGUUGCGACUCUGACAGAUGUGAAACAGCUGCUGGUCGAGUCACACGCUGUCUCCCGUCUCACUGCAGCCAUCCCUGAUCUCACCCCCACUCACCUCGGGAACGAGGAGGAGUUGGAGGUAAUUCAGCAGCUGAGUCAGGCUCUUUGUUAAACUUUAAUUUCUAAGAGACUGUAAUGGAUGUUUUUGAUCAAUAUUAUAGACGCAUCAGAGAGUCGUAUUAUACCAUGUGUUAUAAGUAGAGGGGAUUUGGGGCGAUGUCAUAGGUUCUUCGAGCAGGACUGGACAAUGUGUAUACAUGGAGUCUGCUUUCUUCUUCUGCUGAAUAUCUUGUGCAAGAGGAUCGCGUGUUUCUGAAACGAGCCUCCGCCUACCAUAACGAGGCAGCGAGCUUCAGCCACUAGAACCUUCUGCAGCAGAGCAACGUAGCCAGCUUCAGCUGCAGAGGAAACCUUCUCAAAUGUUCUUUCCCACAUACCAACUGAUGUGUCUCUCCCGUAAAUUCCAGCAAUAAAGUCGCUGUAGUCGAAAUCCUUGAAAUCGCUUGCACUGCUGUAACUACCAUACUUGCCAAUGUCCAUUGACAGAAACGUUGAUGUGAGGUUUGUGUGUUUUUGCACCAAUUGCAAUCGUCUUAGAGUCUUUUGAAGACAUUCGUGCAUUUCCACCUCAGACUUGGCACUCUGUCUUACCUUCUCAGUUCGCACUAUCACAGAGAUGUAGUCAUGACCUCCACCGAGGUACAUUCUCUGGUAGUUACUUGCUUCACAGUGGAUUCUUUGACUCGGCUGGAGAUUGAUGGAUGCUCGCAGGUAGAUCGAGCCUCGCUGAGCACUGCAGGUAUCGAUGUCACUGAUCAGGACUCUCUUCCCGUUGUCCUGUGGGGAGAACCCUCUCCAUUCGUCCAUAACGAUGGAAACAUCUCCAGGGUGGUAGGGACCAAGUAUGUGCUGGUUGAACUGGCUCAGGGAAAUCUGCUGCCCACUCUCAAAGUUGACGCACACCUCCCUCACUAUGUUGAACCCGUACUGCACCAGGUAGUUUAGCUGCUCCGCCAACUCCCGCUUCUGCUGGCAUCCUUCGG